UUUUAGGUUAUCUGACGAGAGUGACAGUGACAAAAGUUUAUUGAAAAAUUUGAUAAUUUAAUCUUAAUUUAAUUUAUUGCGUUGCAUAUACGGAUAAAUUCAUAGCAUAAAUGUCAUAUGCCUUAAAUCAGAAAGUUUUCACACCAAUUCCUCCCGAUAAGGGCAGUUUUCCGCUAGAUCAUGAAGGAUUGUGCAAAAAAUUGAUGAUUUCGUAUAUGAGGUGCCUUCGAGAAAAUGGUAACAAUAACACAAAUUGUAGAGAAAGUGCAAAAGACUAUCUAGAUUGCCGAAUGCGAAAUGAUUUAAUGGCAAAAGAAGAAUGGUCCAAAUUAGGUUAUCGGGAUUUGGCAAAUAAAGAAAAAUCAUCAUAAUGGUUAACAUAUUAAUAGGUUGUACAGGCAGUGUCGCUACUAUAAAAUUACCCUUAUUAAUACAAGCAAUUUUGGAAAAAAAUAGAGAUGUGAAAGUCAAUGUAGUUCUUACAAAAAGUGGGGAACAUUUUGUACGUUCUGCCCCCUUAACGUUUGAAAAUGUCAGAGUUUUCACAGACGACGAUGAGUGGGCAUCUUGGGAUAAACGUGGUGAUCCUGUAUUACAUAUUGAGUUGGUAAAAUGGGCAGAUAUUUUCAUAGUAGCGCCUUUGAGUGCCAACUCUCUUGCAAAAUUAGCCAAUGGUUUAUGUGACAACCUCUUGACCUGUAUAGCAAGAGCUUGGGACACAAGUAAACCACUCAUUUUUUGCCCAGCCAUGAAUACCAAGAUGUACGAGCAUGUUUUAACAAAAGAGCACAUCGACAAACUUUUAUCUUGGGGUUAUCAGUGUAUACCAGUGAUAGAAAAAACUCUUAUGUGUGGCGACACUGGACUUGGUGCAAUGGCGGAAGUUGAUACCAUUGUUGAAUAUUUGGAUAGUGAAAUUAAAAAAAAAAGUUGAUUCGUUAAAUUGUAGAAAUUAACAAUUUUUACCAAA